GAUGAAAUAUGUUGUUUCAUUAAUUGCUAAGGUGGCAUUACAUUUGCUGCAUCCUGAAAUCGAUACUGGCGAGUCAGCUGAAGACCAAUCAGCUGAUCAAAUAAGGAACUAGGCACGUGAUUCCUCCCCGAAAAAGAAAGAUGGCGGUGGAUAUUAUGUACACAAUCCACUUUUAUGUUUUAUUUGUGCUUUUAACUGUUCGAUGUUCUUCUAGUUUUAUCGGCAAUGGUGAGAACUACCGACGAAAUUUAUCCCUGGAGCUUAACCCUGGUCUAAACUCCUCGCUGACGCCGCUACCCCCUGGUGUUGGCUUGCUCCAUGUGCGGGCGCUGGGCAAGAACGACACACUGCACUACCUCCUCUGUAGCCAGGGGGCGCCAGCAUUACUACUGGUGCACACAAACUCCACUUCAUCCAAGGUGAAGGUAGACUGGCCUGCCUUCUUGGUACAAAAUACCACAGGCAGCCUGAAAUUGACUCCGGAGAGCAGUGUUCUGUACAGCAACGCACUCGUCUUUACCAGGCUGUGGGAGUACGACGAUGUCAACGACACAGCCGUCCCUGAGCACCUACCCCCCUCCAGCUUCUUCCAGCCCUACGAGCUGCAGAACUUCACCUGGGAUGACCUGAACAAGACACUUGACCCCAUGGCCUACACCGCCCUGCUCUGUGGAAGAGGCGCCAGCGAGAGCUUCAGCAACGGUUCGCUCUGUCUGAAGUUCUCAGCCUUUGAUGUUGAGGGGCGGGACCAAGGCUGGCCCAGCCUCCUCCACAACGCAAACUCCUCCCAGCUGAGGGUGGUGCUGGACGGCGUGGUCCCGAGGUCCAAUCGCUCCCGCUUCUCCCUAGAGCUACAGGUUGUUGGCAGCACCCAGGCCAUGAGCAGAGUGGAUGUGCUCCAGUCAAUAGAUGACGAAUACACACCCUCCAUAUUCAAGGUAUCUCAGUGGGUGUCCUCUCCAGUCAACUCCACCUCCCCUGUUCUUGGCUACGCCCAAUGGAAGCCCGUGGCCUACCGCAGGCCAUCGCCUCUCUUUGAAGAUGCCACUCCUUGCCGCCACUCAACCCCUGUCCCCGUAGCCCAGCUUCCCCCCUCCGGCCUGGUGCUGGCUUAUUUUGGAGGGGAGCACCAGACCACCGGUCUCAACAUGACCUUCAGUAUCACUGGAGACCCAUUCUACAACACUACCAACUACCUCAGCUGGACUGUGUUGGUGGGGCUGGGCUCUCCUCCUGUGGACUCGUUCUCUCCCCUGGUUCUGGUCAUCAUGGCGGUGGGGCUGGGCACUCCCAUGCUGAUCAUCCUGCUUGGCGGGGUGUGUGUGUGUGUCCGCAAGAACAAGCCCCAACCACAGGUCUAUGAGCCAAUCAACUGAGACCAAGCCAGGAUAUGUAUACAUUAAGUCCUGCUUUAACCAUUUUCUUGCCAAUAAGCAGACACCUCUGGGCCCAUUUUUUUCGAAAGUUAUCUGGAUUUAGGCUAUCGGAUAGGAUUAAAUGCAUAGAAAUAGAAUGGAUGAAUCAUUGACUCGAAUGGGGACAACUGUUCUAUUAAUUCUAUUUCUAUGCAUUUAAUCCUAUCCGAUAGGCGAAAUACAGAUAGACAACUUUUGAAAAACUGGGCCCUGGUGUCUGGCAGGUGUCAAUCGUUUAUUUAUUUUUUUAAAUAUGAGGUGCACUGAUACACAUGUGGAAUCCACCACUUGCGCAUGACUGUCUAAUAUGGCCACCCAUUGUUGGCACAACCGGCCAAUAAGGCUUUGACAGAAACACAUUUUUAACCACUUCCAUAAUUUAGGAAUGGGCUGAAUCAUCUUGUGGAAGAGAAAGCCAAUGAAUGAGUGCAUUUAGUUGUGCUUGGGAAGGCCAAAGGUUCUCAUCUCAAACCUAACAUUCCAUGUGAGAACAUAUUUAUACAGCAAAUUGUGAAAAGGCUAGUUACUGUAGUUAAGGAUGGGUUUUUUUUCAUUGUAAAACUCAAAUGGCGUACACUGUCCCUCCAGUUCUGUGUAAAACAGUAUAUUAUCUUAUUGUUGCUCAACAAACAUUAGUACAUGAUGACAUGUUGAACUGAAGUUGUCAUGUUUGGCACUGCCUAUCUAGAUAUACUGACCUGACAUGGGUCCAAGCAUAUAUCUGUUGACAGAAGAAGAGUUAAAAGGGAGUAGGGCCUUUUUUUCUCGUAACACUGAUCUGAGGUCGGUUUGUACUGUAAUGAUUUAGGAAUUGGUCAAACUUAAAUAAUCCAAGAUCUGCGCCUGAAGGAGACCUAUACCUGGAGCAGUGAAAGGAAAAUAAAUCUCAAGAGAAGAACCUUAAAGAAACAAGGUUUGUUGCUUUCUUUCCAAACCCCUUGGAUGUUAUUGGUUGGGGUAAGGAGAAGCCUAGUUUGGGUCCAUGUGCUACCCAAAGUGAACUGAAAUGUGAUAAUUGUAAAAUGUUUUGGGUUUGAUUUAAUGUCAAUGAAGUUAGAAAUCGGUAUGGGAUUACAAAAUGUUUUAUAAUAUUGUAAUUAAUGUUACUACUUUAGGGCCGUGUUGAUUGUUAUAGUUCUCCUUUGGAAUUAAUUUAAAACAAGCUUCAUAUUCAGGUUCACAGUACAAAUGGCCUUGAGUAUUUACCUGUAUUUGUCUAUUAUGCAACAAUGUGUUACCUUAAUUUUAGGGCUACAUUUAAUGCAAAAACACCAGUACCUGAAAUAUUAUUAUGCAAGCAUCUAAUACACAGGUCAUAUUAAUUUGUAUUUUGAGGAAACGCUCCCUUUCAAUAGUAAUGUAAUGGUCUGUCCAUAAUUGUCUUUUUCUUAAAGAAAUGUACUGGAAAGUUAUUUCCUGCUCAUUUAUUUUUCUUUUAAAACAAUGGUACAGAAAUGUCAUAAGAUGUUUAAAAAAGCAACAACGACAUGUAAAUAACUGGUUUCUUGGCCACAAUAUAGUUUAAGAUUUGUUUUUUUACUUUUCAUCGCUACUAGAGGGUGAAAAGACACACCAUUCAUAUUAGAAUGUACAUCAUUGUAUUACAAAAAUCCAUAUCAAUACAAAUAUAAAUGUUUUACAAA